CGCCCGUCCAUCAUGUUCGCUACCUCCACGCUCGUCGGCACCCCCGUGGUCGCCGCCCCCGCGCGCGCGGCGCGCCCCGCGCGCUCCACGCGCGUCGUCGCCGCCGCCGCGAAGAAGGCGCCGCCGAAGAAGAAGGCCGCUGGCAAGAAGGGCGAGUUCGACUUCUGGGAGUGGUUCAACAACGCCGCGUGCCGUGACUCCGGCGUGAUCGGCGCCGGGUACGAGGACGCGCUCAAGAACGGUCAGUUCAAGGGGAAGAAGAAGAAGUAAGCGGCGCGCGCGUCUGUCUUUUCCCCGGCUCGACCGCUCGCGAAUGAAUGCGCGCACGCGUCCGUUCGCGAGUGAACGAUCGCGCCGCGAUUCGUUUCACGUCGUGAUGAGUAUAGGAGGUCCGGCGAGAGAUGUUCUCUAGAUAGCCGAGCGGCUCGUCCCGAGGACGAGCGGCUCAAUGAGUGAACGGCUCUUCGCGAGCGAGACGGACGGACGAACGCCGUGUAACGAAGAGCGAAAAGAACUUUCCAUCAU